CGUUACUUUGCUUCUUUUUGUCAUGUGAAAGCUAACAGGCUAACAGGCUACUAACAGUGACCAUGGAUGUGAGCCGGUUCGCACCGGGACGGCGACGCGGUGUCACCGGACAACGAUAACAUCUGUCCCCUGAAACGACCCUCUGUCCUGCUCACUAUCUGUCUGCCGUGUGCAGUCCGUGUGCAGUCGGCCGGUUAUCUUUGCGACUUUUGCCCCCUUUAUCCCGCGGUGGCUCAUGCUAGCUGGUUAGCCGGCUAGCUAAUUAGCUACCGUUAAGUUAUAAAGCGGCGUCGCUCGCUUUGCGGCUAACGUUAACUGACGAGGCGGACUGGACGGACAUGUGCAAUGGCAUCGGUUCGGGUGGCUGUCCGGGUCAGGCCCAUGAACAGACGGGAGAAGGAUUUGACUGCAAAAUGCAUCAUCAAGAUGGAGGGGACCAAAACCACCAUCACAAACCUGAAGAUCCCUGAUGGCAUCGCAGGUGAUUCCACGAGGGAUCGAACCAAAACCUUUACGUACGACUUCUCCUACGACUCCACAGACUGUAAGAACUCCACCUUUGUCUCCCAGGAAAAGGUUUUUAAAGAUCUGGGUUUGGAUGUGCUGAAGGCGGCGUUUGAGGGCUACAACGCCUGCGUCUUCGCCUACGGGCAGACCGGCUCUGGAAAGUCCUACACCAUGAUGGGAAAUCCUGGAGAUGCAGGUCUGAUCCCGAGGUUCUGUGAAUGUCUGUUCAGCCGCAUCUCUGACGCCACUCGAUGGGAUGAAGCGUCAUUUCGUACAGAAGUCAGCUACCUGGAGAUCUACAACGAGAGGGUGAGAGACCUGCUGAGGAGGAAAUCCACUCAGACCUACAACCUGAGAGUCAGGGAGCACCCAAAAGAUGGACCGUAUGUAGAAGAUCUGUCCAAACACCUGGUGCAGAACUACAGCGACGUGGAGGAGCUGAUGGAGGCCGGAAACAUCAACCGCACCACCGCCAGCACUGGCAUGAACGACGUCAGCAGCCGCUCGCACGCCAUCUUCACCAUCAACUUCACACAGGCUAAGUUCGACGCAGAGAUGCCCAGUGAGACGGUCAGUAAGAUCCACCUGGUCGAUCUGGCUGGCAGCGAGCGAGCCGACGCCACCGGAGCGACGGGAGUCCGGCUGAAGGAAGGAGGAAACAUCAACAAGUCGCUGGUCACCCUGGGCAACGUCAUCUCUGCUCUAGCUGACAUGACGCAGGAUGGUGUGAACACGAACCUGAAGAAGAAGUCGGUGUUUGUUCCCUACAGAGACUCGGUGCUGACGUGGCUGCUGAAAGACAGCCUGGGCGGCAACUCCAAGACCAUCAUGAUCGCCACUAUUUCUCCCGCUGAUGUGAACUACGGUGAGACGCUCAGCACUCUGCGAUACGCCAACCGAGCCAAGAACAUCAUCAACAAACCAACCAUCAACGAGGACAGCAACGUCAGGCUGAUCAGAGAGCUGCGGGCUGAAAUCGCCCGACUGAAAGCUCUGCUGGUUCAGGGCAACCAGAUUGCUCUCCUGGAUUCACCCACUGCUCUGAGUAUGGAGGAGAAACUGCAUCAGAAUGAAGCCAGAGUUCUGGAGUUGACUAAAGAAUGGACCAACAAAUGGAACGAGACACAGAACAUUCUCAAGGAGGAGACUCUGGCUCUGAGGAAAGAGGGGAUCGGUGUGGUGCUGGACUCUGAGCUGCCUCAUCUCAUCGGCAUUGACGAUGACCUCCUCAGUACCGGCAUCAUUCUGUACCAUCUAAAGGAGGGACGGACAUACGUGGGCAGAGAGGAUGCGUCCACAGAGCAGGACAUCAUCCUGCACGGUCUGGACCUGGAAAGUGAGCACUGUAUGUUUGAGAACCAGAAUGGUAAAGUGACUCUGGUGCCGCUCAGCGGAGCUCAGUGUUCAGUUAAUGGAGUUCAAGUGACGGAGCCGUCGCAGCUCAACCAAGGUGCCGUUAUUCUGCUCGGCAGGACGAACAUGUUUCGGUUCAACCAUCCAAAGGAGGCGGCCAAGCUGAGGGAGAAGCGAAAGAGCGGCCUGCUCUCCACAUUCAGCCUCUCUAUGACGGAUCUGUCCAAGUCGUGUGAAAACCUGUCCACUGUGAUGCUCUACAACCCCGGUCUCUUCACUGAGAAGGGCCCCGUCUUCCUCAGGUUGGAGUUUGAGAGACAGCAGCGAGAAGAGCUGGAGAAACUGGAGCUGAAAAGGAGGCUGAUCAAGGAGAUGGAGGCAAAGCACCAGAGUGAGAAGGCAGAGCUGGAGCGCCUGCAGCAGGAGGUGGAGAGUCAGCGUAAGGAGUCUGAGGAGGUGCAGCAGCGGAUCCUCCAUCAGGAGGAGAGCCUCCGCCGCCGCAGCCAGGACAUUGAGAUCCGCCUGCGAGACUUCCUGGCAGAGAAACAGCGUUUUGAGGAGGAGAGACGCUCAGAGAUACACAGGGAGGACCUCCAGCUGCGGAAGCGGCAGCAGGAGGGUGAAGCAGAGGAGGAGCAGGACGAGGAGCAGCGGCGGCAGCAGGAGGCUGCAGAGCAGACUGAGAUCUACCGUGAGCUGGAGAGACUGAAGAGGGAACGCGAAGAGCAGAAGGUUCGUCUGGAGACUGAGCGGCGGCGGCUGGAGGAGCAGGAGCGGGAGCAGCUGAGUCUGGUGGGGAGGCUGGAGGAGCAGCUGAGAGAGAAACACGAAGCAGCCAACACCCUGCUGACCCGGGAGGACGCCCGCCGCCUGCAGGAGGAAUGUCGAGCCCUGGCUGAGAUCAGAGAGGCACUUCUCCGCGCCAAAGAGGCUGCAGAGCGGCCUGAUGUGGAGGACGCCAGUGAGGAGGCGAGAUCUGCCCAGGCACGAUACACAAACUUCAAGGAGGCCCAGGUGAAGGAGCUGGGUCAGCUGGAGGAGGGGCUCCAGCAGCAGAGGGAGCGCCUGGAGAAAGAGGUCAUUGCUGAGCGCAACACACUGCUGCACCUCGCUCACGGCCUCAAAGACCGACAUCAACAGCUGAAAGAGACGCAGGAGAAGGGGGCGCAGGACGCUACAGCUGUCUGCCAGGAGGAGCAGCUGGUCAAACAGGCGGAGCACAGACUGCAGUUUAAGGAGCGUCAGCUGGCCAGCUUGGCCGACAGCCUCCUUCCUGCGCUGGCCGAGGAGAAGCAGAGAGCCGCCGAGAUGCUGGAGCGCAGCGGUGGAGGCAGCAACGGGAACUGCGACAGCCCGCCGGGGCUUGACAACACGCUGUUCCAGGUGGAGAAGGAGCUGGAGGACAAAGAGGAGAAACUGAACCUCCACUGGCACAGCGCUCAGCAGCUCCAGCAGCUUCAGGAGACCUACGAGUUCACGGCCAACGUGGCGCGGCAGGAGGAGAAGGUCAGGAGGAAGGAGAAGGAGAUCCUGGAGUCAAAGGAGAAGCAGCAGAGGGAGGCGAUGGAGCAGGCAGUGGCCCGGCUGGAGAGGAGGCACUCGGCCCUGAGACGCAGUGUCUCCCUGGAGCCCGACACUGAGGAGCAGAGACACAAGAACUCCGUCAUCAGGAACCAGAGGACGGGGCCCGACCUGGACCAGCAGAGGGUGGAGCGGGAGAUCCAGAAGCUGAGACAGAGGAUCAGUGAAGGGGAGGACAACAACAGGUCUCACUCCAUCAGUAAUGAUGAGAAAACGAGUCACAACAGCUCUCCGGUCAGCCACAUCCAGAGUCUGAACACUCUGCUGCCGCUGUCCGACGACAGGAUAAAUGCGUACAUUGAAGAGGAAGUCCAGCGAAGGUUACGCAAGAUGAAUCUUCUCAAUGGCAGCAGCAACCUGGAUCUGUCUCUGUCCUGUGAAUCGCUCAGGGAGGAGGAAACUAGUGACUGUAGCUCUGUUAGAUUAACAGAUGAGGAUGAUGAAAAGCUGCAAAACAUUAAUCCAAGGAGGCAUAAAUAUGAGCACCUGGUCUCUCGCUCUCUUGUGGCGAGCACCGACGGCCUUCAGGAUCCCGUCAAAAUUUGCAUUCCUCGUUACGUUCUCCGCGGGCAGGGGAAGGACGAGCACUUUGAGUUCGAGGUGAAGAUCACUGUGAUGGAUGAGACGUGGACUGUGUUCAGACGUUACAGUCGCUUCCGGGAAAUGCACAAGAGCCUCAAAUUCAAGUAUCCAGAGCUGGCAGCUCUCGAGUUCCCUCCCAAGAAACUGUUUGGAAACAGAGACGAGCGAAUGGUCGCCGAACGCCGGAAUCACUUGGAGCGUUAUCUGAGGAACUUGUUCCGGGUGAUGCUGUCGUCCUCCAGCUCUCCUCUCAGAGCUGACGCAGACGGCGGUUUUCAUCUCACCAAACACGCCAUCUGUGAGUUCUCGCCAUUCUUCAAAAAGGGCGUCUUCGAGUACAGCAGCCACGGCACCGGCUAACCUGACAGCAGAAUUAGAUUUUUGCCAAAACCAAAAGAUAAAAAACUGCUCGGUGCCUUUUCUACAGCAUCUCUGCUCAGGAGAAUCUCCUCAGAAGGUCAAAGAAGGAAAAACAUGCAGGUCAGUUUCCUCUCCGCCCUCCCGUCAUCCUGCGAGACAAAGACCUGACUGUUCAGCUCUUAGUUUAUGUGCAAACUUUAUCAUGAAUGUCAAAGUAGGACAUUCAGUGCUCUGUUUAAAGAGUUUAAUUUAACUACAUUAUGGCAAUAAAGGUCUAUAUUGAAUAUAUUUACAUGCAGCUUUGGCAUUUAUGGUAACUCCCUCAUGGUAACUGUGCAGCUCUAAAAGCAGAACAAAAACAUUGACACUGCCAGGGUUGCAGCUGGAAACCAGUUUAUCCUGAAGGUUUAAUCUGCUGCUGAAACAAUAAGGUCAUUCAUUAAAUAGUCCAGCAAAAAAAAGAGAAAGUAAUCAAUCACAGUAAGUGUCAAACGUUUCCUUGUUUAGCUUUGCUAUUUUUCUCACUUUAAUAUCACUGUAAACUGAAAAUCUUUGGACUGUUGGAUAAAACAAUAUGUUUGAAGAAUCCUGGAAAUCAUGUUGGGCAUUUUCACUCAUGUAUGAAAUUUUUACAGACUUAACAAUAAAUUUAUUAAGAGGAAAAAAAAAAGGGAUUUAUAAUAGCAACGAUCAUUAAUUGUAGUUUAAUCACACAAUGGACUUUGAACUUUGGUUUCUUCUUCAGUGAGCAGAGCGAGAGAGAUUCAGCUCUAUGGAGCAGUUUGUGUCAAGGUCACAGUAACCCUGUGUACGACUUUGUGUGCGUCCGGAGAUCACCACGAAAGAGGAAACAUGCUUGAAUUCGUCCGUUGUGCGGUUUGAAUGGGACACAGAGGGAUUGUUAGUACAGCCGAGACGUUGAAGCUUACGUCCAAAAAAAGAAUUUGUUGUCAGACUGUUGUGCUGCUCACUGUGACUCCAGCACUGUUUGUACUUAAAGAGCACGAAAACCUCCGUAACUCUGAGGAAGUGAAACUGAAUCACACAAGCUGAUCUCACUCACCAGACUGAGUAUGUUUACACGCACACUAAUCUGCCACUAUAAUUCUGAAUAUGAAAAACCAGCACUGAAUAACGGCUGCAAAGACACACUAAGACGUUUACUGACACUAAAUUGUAGAUUUUUAACAAACUGUUGAACUGUUAAAAGUUUCAACUAAGUACACACUGCUGCUAAAGAUGGCUGACAAAGUCCAAAAGCUCCCUGUGCCCAUCUGUAAACGUUUAUAUAAAGUGUCAAAUGAAAGGUUUUCCUUGAAGUAAUGCAUGUAGUACAAGAACCGAGUUUUUUAUGGGUCCAAAAGGGAGUUUAACUUCUCUUAAUUACCAAAUGUGGCGUUAUCCCAAGGAUCGUUACAGUGCCACUGAAAUCCAAAAUUUGCCAUUUGUCUUAUUUGUCCAGACUUAUUCUCAUCUUUACUUUUGUUGUGACCUGAAAGGACAUUUUGGGAUUUUGGAGAGUGCGUUUAUGAGGCUUCAUCUAAGAAGUGAGAGUUUGAAAAGAUGGAAAGCUAAAACCAGUUUGUUCCCCGUUGGCACUCCUCUGUGCUCUAAUGAUUUAUUUUACACGUUUUUUUUGCGUUUUAAACAACAGCAUGGUCGUUAAAUUUAAACAAGAUGGAAGUUUGGAGAGACGUUUAACAUUUUAAAGGACAACUAGAACCGAAAAGCCACAAACAGGGUUGGAAAUAAAUGUUUUUGUCCUCCUGCCACUGUAGCUGCUGGACUCCUCAAGGUACCAGCCACUCAGUAGAUUUUUUUUUUUUUUGGCUGUUGAGUGAAGCAGAUGUAACAGCCACAUGCAUGCUUUAACAGCGUUUGGCUGGUGUUUGGUGCUGAUUUCCAACCCUGGCCACAAACCUGUGAAAUAAAUGAUUAGUGCAGAGAGAUGCAGCCUCAGAAGGUGGUGGUGUUUAGUUGUACUCACGACCAUUCUUCUCUCCAAACCAGCACAAAUUCAAACAUUUAACUCAGCAGUUCCAAGGACGUCUUUCCACUCAGUACUCAGAGACACAUAAUUCAUUCAGAGGGAAUAUAUUUAGUCCCACCGGCAGCUCAACGAUAUUUAUUUCAGAGCUGAUUUUAUUUUUAUUUUCCAAUAAACUGGAUCAGCGAUUGCAUCCUGAAGUCUUCCGGCGCCUUGCUGUUGUGUUAGCAGCUGUGUGAACAGGAAACAGGUUUGGAUUUAACACUCGUAAUUUUCCUGACUGCUUUUUUCAUAAGCCAUACUGUGUGUAUAUAGAGUGUAAAUGUUCAUGUGUAUAGUUUUUCUAUAUGAUACACUUGUAUGCAAUGUAAACUAUUGACAUUGAAUGUCAGUAAAGUGAAUGUACAACAACAUUCUGACAGUGUGAUGUUUUUUUU